AUGGCAACUUCGUGUAAUACGCAUUCAUAUGAUGGUAAAUUACGUGAGAAAUGGUUCGAAAUUCGACCGAUGUUAAUCGAAAAGUAUCUUCCUCAUUGUCUUUCAUUCGACGAUACACUAAAGGAUAUUGAACGAUGGCUUGAUAGGAAAUAUUUCAAUGUGAAACGAAUUGGUCGUGCACGACGAUCGCUAAGAAUCUUAACAACUCAUCGGAGAACGAAUUUCGACACGAGGAACGAUAUCGAUGUGGAAGAACUUUUACCAAUUCUUUGGAAUCAAGUGAAAAAGCAAGCGGAUAUUCAUGAUACGUUCUAUGAGCAGUUAUGUGAUAUUACCGGAGGAAGUUGUUCACAAGGAAGAUCGACUAGACUCUUUCAAUUUUUAUUCCUUUUUGAUUUACCAAUUGAAACAUCAACAAAUAACGAUGAACAGAAGGAUUCUUCGGAGAUCGUUAAGAAGACAGAUGAGCAGAACGAUACGUCUCAAACAAUAGUCAAUGAAAAUGAUCAGAAAGAUUCAGCUAAGAUCGAAGCGGAUGUGGAAGAACAAAAAAAUCUACCUGAAACAGAGACGAAUAUAGAUGUACAAAAAGAUCAAUCCCAAACGGAAACAAAUGAAAAUAAUCCAGUUUCAACUAAGGAACAUUCAGAAGUUUCACAAAAGUCCACUGAAGAAUCGAAUAACUUAAUUUCCGAUAAAACUUAA